GCCCUUAGGCGACGUCUGUCGUCCAUCCUUUCACCUUGUUCUGCGCUCUGAUCAAGAGAGAGAUGCGGCCCCGCGAAAGAGAGGAGGCUCCGCCGCCGGAACCCUCGCCGCCACCUCGGGUGGCUCGCACCGGAGGUGGUCUUAGCAGUAUGGUGGUGCGGCCGUCCGACAGCGGCGGAGCGGGCGACGUCUUGGAGGCCGAGGAAGUUCACCCCGCGAGCGACCGCCGCGAAUCGCCGUCGGGACUCCGCCGCCGAGACUCUCCGCGCAAUCCUCGCCGCCGGGACUCGCCGCUGGAUUUACGCCGUCGCGACUCAUCGGCGUUCCGCCGCCACGGCAACUCGCCGCCGCCCCUUCACCGCCGGGACUCUCCGCCGCCUUACCGCCGCCGUGGCUCUCCGCCGGAUUUCCACGGCCGCGGUAGUCCUACUGGCUUCCACCCUCGUUACCAGCGAUUCAGUCAAGAUUUACAUGAGGUUAGGGGUAUGGUAUGGAAAAGAAAAGGUUCCAUUUCACCUACACAACGGCAAAGGCUGGAUGAUGCUCGUUAUGACCUGGAGUUCGAUAGGCCAGCAGGACAACGUUUUAGCCGUGGACUUCGAGGUGGCAGAGGAGGUGGAAGGUUUCGAGAUGUUUCCCCACCUUAUGGACCUGGAAGGGGUGGCAGGUCAUUUGGGAGGGGCUACAAUGCAUCCGGUCGAGGUUUCCCACCCUUUGAUGGAGAAUAUGUUCAUAGAAAUGAUCCUAAUUUAUCUCCUAGAGAAGGUGACUGGAUCUGCCAGAAUCCCUCUUGUGGGAAUCUGAAUUUUGCACGGCGGACUUACUGUAACAACUGUAGCAAGUAUCGCUAUGGACCUGAACUCCAUGGUCGCAGUCGCAGUCCUCAGAGGGGUUACUUCAACUCUCCUCCCCCUCGUGGGUCUCCACCAAGGAUCUUGGGUCCAACUAUUGAUCGUGGCCUGCGAAGAGACUUGGUUAGAUAUAGAUCCCCACCUCGUGGUUGGGACAUGGAUGGGCUCAGGGAUUUGGAUGCUAGCUCACCAACCCCAGGGCGUGGGGGAAGGUUUGUGGAUCACAUGCGGAGGGAGAGACCUGAUUACCAUGAUGAACUCGAUUACAGGGGCAGAGGCAAAUUUGACUUGGCGGUGCUUGAUGAGUGGGAUCGUAGAGACCGCAUGAGGGAUGGAUUCAUUACUGAUAGAAGAGGCUAUGAUCGACGCCCCCCAUCACCCCGUGGUCGGUGGGGGCAUGAUUCAAGGGAAAGAAGCCGCUCGCCGAUGGGGAACAGGCCACUGAAGAGUUCUUUUAUGGGCCGAGGUCGAGAUGAUCGACAUUUAGACGGUUCAUAUACAGGUCGAGGGCGAACUGAUGAUUUGGAUGUGGGUCGUGGACGUGGACGGGGUUAUCGGCAGGGUGGUGGUUCUUUUGCCGGUCCAGGCCAAGGUGAUCGGCGGGGCAUAGCCCGCGGCAGGAAUGAUGAUAUGUAUUAGGUGCUAGAUAAACAAAUGAAAGGCAUUCAGGUAGGAAAUUUUUGUGGGAUCUGCUUUUGCUGGGAUAACCCUUCUUAAACUGAGACUUGGAAUUUCUCCAGCUUAGCAAGUUCUUCAGGCACCUUGCAUGUCCAUUUUGGUGGUUGUAGUGUCUCUGUGGCUUCUUAAUUCAGAUUUUCUUCAUUAUGUAAGAGUUUUUGUUGGGCUAAGGUUGAACAAAAGAGAAUCUUGUUCAUGUUGGAAUGGUCAGUUUAGUUUUUAUCCAGAUGGAGGUUCCUUGGGUUCUGCUUGAUCUCUGUUCGGAUGCUUCAAUUUGUUAUCGAGAUAGGAUCUGUGGUUCGGCUUCAUGCAUAUCUGGACAAGGCUAUGCAAGAUUAAGAGCUGCUGCUAAUUGGAUUUUCAAGUGAAGCAUCACAGGUCAUGGGGGUUGGCUCGUUUUUCGCGUUGGUUGCUCUGUCCGGUGCUACAUGUUUCUGUGGACUUGCCGUAUGCUUCUUCGGAUGGGAAAUUCCUCCCCAAAAGACUUCGCAGUUGAUAUUGCUGGAAAGGACAAUCGGCACUGCUCGUUGAUUGAGUGGAGGUCUAACGGUGAUCCUAUGUCUGAGGCAGUGUUUAGAAUUUUGAUGCGUGGGUGUCUUUUGCAUUGCCGAUUCUAUUCUAAUCAACUAACUGUUUGCUGGUGGAUA